AGCCCCGGGGCACGGCCCGCGCAUGCGCACCCCUCUGCCUUCCUGCCAGCUCACGCUCGGUCCGGCAGCAUCUAACUGGUCGGGUCAUGGAGGCCUCGGGAGGCGUUGGGGGCGCCUUUCUGAAAGAUAUUGUGGCCUAUGUUGAAGUAUGGUCUUCCAAAGGGACAGAGAAUUACUCAAAGACGUUUUCAAAGCAACUUGAGGAUAUGGGGGCAACGGUUUCAAAAACCUUGAACAAGCAAGUGACCCAUGUGAUCUUCAAAGAUGGAUUUCAGAGCACCUGGGACAAAGCCCAGAAGACCGGGGCAAAGCUGGUCUCCGUCCUCUGGGUUGAAAAAUGCAGGAUGGCUGGAGCACGUGUUGAUGAGUCUUUGUUCCCUGCAGUGAAUACUGAUGAACAUUUACCAAACCUAAUUAGAAAAAAACACAAAUGUAUGCAGCCCAAAGAGUUUAUUCCUAAAACACUAGAAAAUGACAAAAGACUUCAAAAGAAAUUUGAGAAAAUGGCUGAGGACCUACAAAGGCAAAAGACAGCUCUAGAUGACAACAUUCCUGUCCUCUCAUUUGAGGCCCCUCGCUCACUGGUGUACAACUCCCCAGUGAAUAUGAUGAAGAGGAGACUGCAGGAGAUGAAGGAGAAGAGGGAGAACCUUUCCCCUACCUCCUCCCAGAUGUUGGAGCAGUCUCAGCAGAAUCCAUGUGUCAGUCUGUUUGAAACAUCCUUGAACAUUUCUCACCAACCUUUGAGUUCAGAUGAAUCCUUUGCCAGUGGUUCCUACUCAUCUUUCGGUGGUUCCUGUGGAGAUGGAGAAAGGAAAUUGGAAAGAUGUGCUAAUGAGAUGACCAGGAUGACAUGCCCUUCCUCACCUGUGCUGAGGGCAAGCAGUUUUUGUGGUUCAGCAUCACCCAACCAUCUCAGGCAGCCACGUCCUCAGAAAGCUCCAGACAGUCCUUCAAAGGAGAGCAUCAACUGUCAGAAGGAUGCUACAGAUGCAGUAGCUGAUUCCAAGAGAAAGCAGGCUGCAGGGGGAUCUCAGGGCAUGCCUGAUGAGAAGCUCUGUCUGUCUCCUGCGAUGCCCAUCAUCGAGGAACACCAAGUACAUUUGGGACCCGAGAGUUCUCCAGCAAAGAGAAAAAGGGCAGCAGACUUGGGUUCACCUCCGAAAGGAAAACUGAAGAAGAGGUACAAGAGAAAGUCUGCUCUGGCAGUACAGUUAUUCACGUCUGACCACAGCCUGCCGUCCACAGUUGGAUUCAUUCCGGGAACUCCUGUUGUUGAGGCUUCUUCAUAUGAGGACUAUUUUUCCCCUGAUAAUCUCAAGGAGAGGAAUUCGGAGAGACUUCCUCCUGAGGCUCAGCAACUAGCAAGCCCUUCUCUGUCCCACUGCAGAGGUCUCUCAAAGUGGGAGCGAAGAAACACGCUGGGAAUGUGGGAUUUUACCUGCAUUGGUGAAAAGCACAGAUCCAUCAGCAUUAGUGACUCAAUUUCAAAAAGUGCCUCUAGUCUUGAGAAACCCAUCAAGGAGGAAGUGAAUACAGCUUCUACUUGCUUGUUUUUGGUGGAGACCUCUGCUAACGAUAGCCCAGGGCAUUGCAGGCAGCCUGGCCCUCAGCUGAGGGAUGACACAGGCCCAGAGGGAAGCAGCCACCCUGAUACCCUGUCUAGUCCUGCUUGCCACAUCACACCCUUGAAAGGAAAUAGUACAGAAACCAGAGACCCAGGUGAUGGAAAAGGCUCCCCCAAAGAAGGUACCACUCCUCCUGCAUCAGCCUCUCAAGAGGAAGCACACAGCUGUGAUCUCAGUUUGGGAGAGGAUUGUAAUGUAGAAAAAUCUGUAGAAGAAAAGGAGAACAUAGCCACAGGAUAUAGUGAAAGUGUUAAAAAUGGACCAGGGAGGCCAGAUCCUUCAGAGAGCCCUUGCGCAGGCCUUGUCGGACCUCUGCAGAAACCAAAGAAAUGUGAGAAAGGAGAAAAGGAUCUGCAUAAUGAAAAGAGAGAACUGAUCUCUGACCUCCAUGUGCACUCCAUGGCAUGUGCAUAUAUACCAACAAGAACAUUAGUCAUGACAAGCAUGCCAUCUGAGAAGCAGAGCCUCAUCAUCCAGGUGGUGAACACACUGAAAGGCUUUUCAUUCGCACCCGAGGUCUGUGAGACCACCACCCACGUGCUGGUGGGAAAGUCUGUCCGUACCCUGAACGUGCUGAUGGGGAUUGUGCGCGGCUGCUGGAUUCUUUCUUAUGAAUGGGUACUGUUGUCUUUAGAGUUGGGUCACUGGAUUUCCGAGGAGCCAUUUGAACUCUCUGAAACCUUCCCUGCAGCUCCGAUCUGCCGACUUGAACGCCAUUUAUCUACCCAGCAAUACCAAGGAACCCUCUUUGCCAAUCAGCCAAAGAUGUUCAUCGCGCCAACCAGCAGCCCUCCCAGAGCCAAACUGUGUGAACUGGUACUCCUGUGUGGUGGCCAAGUCAGCCCAGCCCCUCAGCUGGCCAGCCUCAUCAUUGGGCCCUACAAGGGCAAGAAGGAAGCAAGGAUCCAGUACCUGUCAGAGAAAUGGGUCUUAGAUUCCAUCACCCAACACAAAGUCUGUGACUUUAACAACUACCAACUGCUACAAUGAGACAUCUACAAUGAGGCUGCUGUCCUCAACACUCAAGAAGAACAACGCUGGAGAAAAGGAACCGGCAGACACCUUAGGGCUUGAAGCCACAUGUUCCUUUGUGUGCUAUGGUUUUUAUCUUCAGAGGGUGUGUGUGUGUGUGUGUGUGUGUGUGUGUGUGUGUGUGUGUGUUGCUAGAGAUUAAAUCCACGGCUUGCUAAGUAAGCACUGUACUGUUGAACUACAUCUCCAGCUUUUAUCCUUAAAACGCUUUUUAUGUAACUUAUUUAUGACUCAUUGUAUUUCAGAGAAGUCUUGGCCAGCACCAGUUGGGUUCUUUAUACAAUACUAAUAAUGAUCGUGAUGAAAAGGUCA